CAGGAUCGAAAGGGUAUUUUGGCAAAAUCGUGAUUGUGUCAGGACUCUGCAUGAAUUUCUAGCAGGUGCCUCGCCUGCUGCCACCCAAGACGCUUUAAUAAAGAAAAGUGUCCUCCUGAAAACACCUUAGAGAAUCAUAAUCUGCCAACAGACAGAAUACAGGACUGUACUACUGCUUCACGGUAGCACUCGCGACAUUGCGAAAAUACCCCUUUGUGCAGCGAAAUGAAUUGUGUUCAUGGUAACAGUUUUGUCACUCAGCUUUAAUUAUUAUGACAUAUGUUGUUUCACUUUCUCGCAAUACUAGGUUAUCAUAUGCGGUCAUAGCACAUGGCUCAUACCGAAGAUGAUUACUAGUAUUGGUUUCGGUAGUGUAGUUAACUUGUCAUCGGAUUCAGGACCGAUAUACAUCGAGUGCGUGUUCAACCAGAGCCACAGAAGUAUGUUGUUUGUUUUGUUUUUUGAUUAUUUUCCAGAACCCAUUCAAACACUGAACCAGUCCUAUGCUAGGAUCAAAUAGUGAUGAAGAGCUAACAACAACUUCAACUGGCAUACACAUCGCAGACGUAGUGUGUGUGUGUGUGUGUGUGUGUGUGCGUGUGCGUGUGUGCGUGCAAGACUAUGACUUCAUUGUUCACAUGUGUAACAUGUUAAACAAAGUGUAAAUUUACUCUUUGAUUGAAAACAUAAAUAAUUAUUCAUUUGCAAAAAUUCAAUAUUCUGAUUUGCACACUUUUUUUCUGUUAUUCAUUUUUUUUUAAAGUGGGAGGCUUAUAAUGAAUUAUUUGAAGUGGUAAGCUUAUAAUUAAUCACCCAAUGUAUUGGAAAGUUUGAUGUAUCUGACUGUCCAAUAUAUUGGGUGAUUCAUUAUAGACGUCCACAUUUUUAAAGGUGGAUAGCAGACAAAAAGAGCAGAACAGGACAUUGAAGCUUUUCAAAAUAAUAAUUUAUUAUGUUGUCUAUCAGUGGGUAACUUUACUUCUUUUUGUACAUAUCUUACUUUUAAAAGGGUGCAUGAAUAGACGAAACACGAUUUUUUUUAUUUCCUCAAGAUAAUUCUUGAUGUUUCCCCAAACAUUAGACUAGAUUUGUGAAUCUUAUUGAGCUAUUACUGAUCAAACUAAACUAUUACUCACUAAAUGUGAAUCGGCGCGACCAGACGCGAAGCCGGCUUCCGGAUGACAGACUUAUCCACACCAGCCAUACACUAUGUCUCCACAAUGGACGUAUUUCAUGUUUCGCCUGUGUUACUUAAUUCUGCAAUCAAGACACACGUUUGCUGAUUUUGUAAACGUAGCUAUAGACAAACCAGCGUACCAGAGUUCAUAUGCUGACGUGUAUCGAGCAAGUACAGCUGUUGAUGGCAUAACCAUUCAACAAGGCAACAAUUUUAUGCAUACCAGCAUAAGGAGACCUUACACGUGGUGGGAAGUAGACUUAGGUCAAGUGUCCUUCAUCCGUGAUGUGGUAAUCUACUUCAGAGUUAAUUUUACGUUGAGACGAAACGGAGUCAAGGUGUAUACUAACACACAGGAGAGAACGUCUAACAACGGUCAUCUGUGUGGUACUGUGACCGGUAGACCAGACGGAUCUGACAUUCCUGACGUGGUGAAUAUUACCUGUGACGUCAACGCGAGAUACGUGACAAUCUACCAAGACACGGAUAAUGGUGGAUCAACCGCCCUGGACUUCCUGGAAGUUGAAGUAUAUUCAUGCGAGGAGAACGUUACGUAUGGAACCCACUGUAGCAAACUGUGCAGUGACCGGAACUGUGCUGACUCGCCUGCACCUUGUCAUUUACAGACUGGAUCUUGCUCUGGUGGAUGUCGAGCAGGCUGGAGCGGAACUGACUGCAUAGAUGAAUGUCAGAAAGGAGUAUCUUAUGGUGUUGGUUGUGCAUUGAAGUGCACCGAUCGCUAUUGUCUAAAAACGUCAUCAUGUGACACCAAGGAUGGGAUGUGCAUUGGAGGUUGCCUACCAGGGUGGAUUCUGUCAGAUUGCUCAGAAGUUUGUAGCAAUGGGUUAUAUGGACCCAGAUGUUCACGGUCAUGUGUCGAUAGACACUGUAACGGCUAUUCACGCUGUGAUCACACGGAUGGGAAAUGUGAAACAGUUUGUGAAGUUGGGUGGAAGGGCGUCGACUGUGCAGCAUGUGAUGAGCGAUAUGGCGUCAAUUGUAGUUUAGCCUGUGGUAAGAGAAAUUGCAAGGACGACAACUCUCCAUGUGACUCCCAGACUGGAGAGUGUGUUGGAGGAUGUAAACCUGGAUGGACAAUUUCAACCUGUACACAACAAUGUGCCGUUGGAAAUUAUGGAGCGGAUUGCCAAAAGUUAUGUCAAAACCGAAAGUGUCAAGGUGACCAACAACAGUGCGAUCCGGAGGCAGGGCAAUGCUUUGGUGGUUGUCUGAAAGGGUGGAGUGGAACAGCUUGCACUAUUUUUUCACCACAAACAGCCAGCGAUUCGACAACCGUUGUUUCCUCAGCGGUUAUGGGAGUACUAUCCGUAAUUGUGAUUAUACAGUCUAUCGUUAUUAUCAGAUAUAUUCUAAUUGUUAGAAAAGUGCGUGCAUCGAGUGGGCCUAGUGUCUCGUUUUCAAAUAAACCUAACACUAGAAUUACGACCACGACUUCUUCGGUCUAUGAAGUUGUUGACGGUGACACCAAUGUCCGUUCUCCGCCAGUUGAACGUGUUGUUAACACUCAAAAUGGCCAGGCCAAUGGUUCGCAACAUGAUUACGUAAACUCGUCACAUCCGGUAGAACGCAGCAAGGAGAAUGUCAAUCAUUAUGACAGGCUGGAUGUUGAUGUCAUUGGUGAAGGAUCUCCGUACAGUAAGAUAGAAGUCUAAGAUACACUAUGUAUCCAUGUUUAGCAAAGUAUAGCCAAAUAUUAACAGCUGAUAUUUCACAAGAAAUACACACAUUAAAACAGGUGAACUAUAUUGACCUGAUAUAUAUAUUUGUAUAUAUUGUUUUAAAUCAUCUGCGAUAUUACCUGUUGUUUCUAGAUAUAGUGUUAAAUAUUUUUUCUAUUUUUGUUAUCUUGACUGUUAUUGUUAUUAUUAUUAUUAUUAUUAAUUAUUAUUAUUAUUUUAUUGUAAACAUUAAAUCUUCACUUACUCGCAGUUAAUGAAUGUGCACCAUUUCUGGCGUAUUUUAGUGGAUAUGGACCUGUCAAAUUGAUCACCAAUGUUGUGAAUAUUUUCAGAAAUACAAUUAAUUUCUUGUUUAAAUUAGUCGACUAGCAAUCAGAUAGGAGAUCCGAUAUAUCGUCGGCUAGUUGCAUAUUUCACAGUGUGUUGCGUCAUGGUACGGUUCUGUAAUUUGACUCCCAAAGUUGAAUGGAUUUACAGGAUAUGCAGACCCAUUCACUCCUAGAGCGAACAAUGCAUACUUCAUUGUAUGAUAUACGACAAUAAUCGGUUACUGUCUGCUUACUCCAGACACUUAUGAACAGGGUCCCGAUGUCUACGCCAUCCAUUCAUUCAUCCACACAUGAACAUUUAUCAGUCAUUUAUUUUUAUAUCCGUCUAUCUCUCUGUGUGUCUAUCUACCAGUUUUCAUGCAAUGUUAGUUUACUGUCUGCUUUGAUUAGUAAACAAUCUCCAUUUUAAAAUGUUAGGGUGUAUUGUAUUAUAUGCAUUGUCUGUUUCAUUUUAAUGUGCAAACACUUUAAUAAAUACAGUUU